AUGGAAGAAUGCAACUCCACUUCGACACCUGCAGAACCAAGACAAAAACCAUUGAAAGAUUCAAAAGAAGAUGAAGUCGAUCCAACCCAAUGCCAAAGACUUAUUGGGUCCCUAAGGUACCUUUGUCGCUCAAGGUCUGACUUAGCAUACAAUGCAGGUAUGAUGAGUAGAUUCAUGGAGAAGUCAAAGGUAUCACAUCUAGCAGCGACAAAAAGGAUAUUAAGGUAUCUGAAAGGAACUCUCGACUAUGACAUUUUGUUUCCUGCAAAUGAUAAAGGAAAAGAAUGCAAGUUAAUGGGAUAUACUAAAUCGAUUUGGUGUAGUGAUGCUAAGGAUAUAAAAUCCACAACUGAUUAUGUGUUUAUGUGA